CCCCCAUUUCAUCAGCAAAGACUACUUAACAUGGAAAGUCAUGGGACAACACAGUUGCGAAUUCUCGAGGGCCUAGAACAAGCACUCAGUGUAGGUUUUGAUGCCCUCGAAAGUUCUAAGAUUUGAGGAUAUUGUUGCUGAGUUUGCACCAAUUUUGAAGGUGGUAAGCAGCGCUUCGAGCGGCAAUGAAUUGGGCUUGAAGCUGUGAUCAUCAAUGUCUCUGCGAUUACACUGAAUUUUUUGCGAUUGCUCAUGGCUCAAGAAGGCACCAGUGACCAGUUUAGAGGGGACGAAGAGUUUGCCGUCCAGCGCGCAAGGCUUUUGACAAAAGUGCGUACGAACCCGGACUUUUUAGUUUGGUCUGGUGCAAUCGAGGUUGUCAGCAAAGAAAUCAACAAUUUAUUAGUACUUACUGUGCACUCUAAGGCGCGAUGAGGCAAAAGCAAAAAGUAUUGACGUUGCUCGUCAGGAAGUUGAUAACCAGUAUGAGCCCUUGAGAUGGAUUAAGUUUCACUAA